AUGGCGAAGGCCCUGUCUUCCCAGGUCCGAUGCUUGGACAGAGUAGCCCCCGUACGGUUGGCAUUGGCGGAUCUGAGGUUGCAGGUGGGAGUGUGUCGGUGCAGGAGGUCCGAAAGAGGAGGAAAAAUAGAUGAGGGGAUAAGUGAAGGUCCCAGCACGUCCCUGGAAUUCCUUGGCAUCACCCUAGACUUAGUCUUAUUCCAAGCGUCACUACUCUCCGAAAAAAUCAACCGCAUUUCACUUUUCAUCUCCAAUUUCAUCCUGACCCCCAAAUGCACCAAGCGCCAACUCCUUUCACUGUUAGGCCACCUUAACUACGCCAUUUGCAUCAUUCCCCAAGGUCGAUCCUUUUGUCCCACCUCCCUUUCAGUCGCUGCUUCCGCUGAAAAUCUCCACGCCCAAGUCACACUCGACAAAGCAUGCCAAUCAGAGCUUAGAUUAUGGCACCAGUUCCUCUCCUCUGGAAUGGCAUCUCCUUCUUCUACGACGAACCACAUCACCAAGCCGGAAGACAUCCAGCUCUUCACAGACGCAGCGCCCUCUAUAGGCUUCGGGGGCCUCUACGGCAACAAGUGGUUCUCAGGCGAAUGGCCGCCGGAAUUCACGUCCCUCACUCCCUCCUCCGCGAUCUCCGAGAUGUACCCCAUUGUCAUCGCAGCCAUUCUUUGGGGGCAUGAAUGGUAAAAAACCAUUGCCAUCUACUCAGACAACAGUGCAGUAGUCGACAUCAUCAACAAGGGACGGUCGCGCUGCCUAGACAUAAUGCAGUUCAUGCGUAGACUAACCCUGGUCUCAGCUCGGCAUCAGUUCAUCAUCCGAGAUGUCCACAUCCCAGGUCGCAAAAACCUCAUCGCUGAUUCACUUUCUCGUUUUUCUUUGCAGAAAUUCAGACGAUUAGCACCAGCCUCAGAACUUCGGCCGACUCCGGUCCCACCGUUUUCAGCCACAAUCUUCAUCUGA